AUGAACAGGGAAUUAGAUGGGCGAAAUUACGUAACUUCUAUUAUUGGCACUCGCAUUCGAUUCAUUCUUGAAUCCGUCGGCAACCCUCAAAUGGUUGCCAUUCAUGCGUUGUGGUACAUCUCUAAGAUUGUCAUGGCAGAAAUAGGCGAAGGGAAUGAUUUCCUAGGAGUAUCGAUCUUUAACCAUCUCCACUGUUGUGGUGCGGCCACUUUCGACGAGCUUCUCUUCUCCGCUUUUGUCGUCGUUGCAAGGCUGGCCGAUAAACUGAUCAACGACACUGGCCUCCCGAGUAAGACUUGGGUCAAGACAACCGCAAUUCCUUCCUCUACCCUCACCAAGGUUGAAAUGACCGCACUGGCAUCCCUCGGCUAUCUCGGGUACAUCCCCAGUUCUUCAUGGCAUAGCUGGGUGCUUGGGCUUCGCGUCUCCUCUAGCCAACUUCCCAGCAAUAAAAGCGUCGUCAUAUUUCGUGUUCUUGAUGAUGUGCUUGCCGUCAAUAAAGCUGUAGAUGUCAAUACGACUUUCAUUCGCUACCGCGGCCGAAAGAAACAAAUUGCUGCGCCCCGCCAGGACCCUCUGAUGAUCCACGUACCCACUCCGGUCAAACCCCAGAACCGUCUCCCGGACCCUAGUGACUGGUGUCCUGAGGCAGACCCCGUCGUCAAUAAGAAUCCCCGUACGAUGGGUAUUGCCCCAGGCAGUCACAAUUUUGCACCAGAAUCGAGGCAACCUACAACAGCGUUAGAUUUACUGGAAUUCAUUACCCAAGGGACCUGGGGUGCCGCAGUUGGGGGUCCUUUGAGCACUAUUGGUGCACAUUUGGUCCAUUCUGUAGGUCGUUAUGGCCCUUGCCAGACCACUCUUGGGUGA